AUGAAAGACUGGAAAAUGAGGCUGAGCUACUUCCUGCAGAACUCCUCCAAUUCUACUAAAAUGAAAUCCAAGAAAGUGGGGAAACAGCACACCUACUUCAGACCUUCCCCCGAAGAAGCCGGGCUGUGGGCAGAAGCCUUCGACCAACUCCUUGCUAAUAAAUAUGGUCUUGCUGCUUUCCGAGCUUUUUUGAAGUCUGAGUUUUGUGAAGAGAACAUAGAGUUCUGGUUGGCCUGUGAGGACUUCAAGAAAACCAAGUCACCCCAGAAGAUGACAUCAAAAGCAAAAAAAAUCUACAGUGAUUUCAUUGAAAAGGAGGCACCCAAAGAGAUAAACAUAGACUUCCAAACCAAGGAUAUGAUUGCACAGAAUAUUCAAGAAGCCACGCAUACCUGCUUCAGUGCAGCACAGAAGAGGGUUUACAGCUUAAUGGAGAGUAACUCAUACCCACGGUUUUUGGAAUCUGAAUUCUAUCAGGAGCUGUGCAAGAAGAUACCCAUCACUGGAGUGGCCCAGGGAGUAUGA